CUGAGGUGUCAGUCAAGCAGUUGCAGGGCACAGGAGAUCAGCUAGUGGAUCGAAUCGAUCGUGAACAACCUAAAAAAAAAGAAGAACAAAUAUAGCGUCGCUCUCAAUACAUUUAGACGGCGAACUAUAUAUACAUAUAUAAAUGUAAACAUAAAUAUAUAUGUAAAAUUGUGCGUGUUUUAUUAUUGCAUUGCUGCCUAAAUAAUAUAAAUAUAUUCUUUUAUAUAUUAAUAUCGAUUCGCAAAAAUUGUCAACGCGAAAGCAAUUUUCAUGUCGUGCCAAAGAUUUCCCAGCGUUCGAGCCAAUAGAGUAAAUCGUUGUGGUCGCAUUGAUCGACGCGUCGCAAUGUCUGUUCUUUAACAACAACCAACAAAAAUACAAAUAAUAAUUUUUAAAGUAUAGAAAUUUCAACUAGAAAAAAAGAAAAAGAAAUACAACUGAAGACCUCGAAAAUUCAAUUUCAGAACUUAGGUAUAAACAAAUUAAUCUGUAUAUAAUUGUGAGCCAGUGAUAAAUCGCAUUGCAUGGGCAACGUUAUGAUAAAGAAGUUACUAAAGUGCCACGCCCACAAGCAAGCCCAAAAGCAAGAACAAUUAAAACUGAAAAAAAUCGGAAUAUAUUUUAUGUACAAUAAUCUGUGCAAGAGAAAAACUUUAACGCCCACAAAUCUAUUGACACUAAGCAUUUCAAGUGAAUGAAUUUCCCGUGGCAGCUAAUUUAAAAACGAAUAUAAUAAUAUAAAAACAAAUUAAUAGUGAACAAAACCUUAUUGGGGUAACUACUAAUUAAAGCUGCAGUGUGAAUCAAACCCUCAACAUGGUUGGUGUUGCCGCCGAUCCAUCGCAGGCCGCUCAAUUAUCAUCGGCCAAAAAUCCGAUGAUUAAGUAUUUGCUGAAGCAACGCGAGAGUCAUGCACGUGCCCAAGAUGCGGACUAUUCGCAUGUGUUUCGCCGUAAGACGCGCUUCGAACUAUUUCGCCUGUCCGCCAUAGCGAUGGCCAUCGAAUUUGCGUAUGCGGCCGAGACAAGUUUCGUUUCACCGAUUCUUCUACAAAUUGGCAUCGAUCACAAGCAUAUGACCAUGGCCUGGGGCCUGUCGCCGUUGAUUGGUUUCUUUGUUUCACCGCUGCUGGGCAGCAUCAGUGAUCGCUGCAAGCUGCGCUGGGGUCGACGUCGACCCAUUAUCACGCUGCUGUCGCUGGGCAUUUUCCUUGGCCUGAUUUUGGUGCCGUAUGGCAAGGAGCUAGGCGUCUGGCUGGGCGACGUCGGCUACAAUUACUCGACUUCAAACUAUGGCAACGAGAGCUCUGUGUCGGCGGCGGCUUUGCUGUCAUCCGAACCGGCGCCGGAAUCCGGAGCCUCGCCUAGCAACUACAAAUUCGCUGUAAUUUUAACCAUCUUGGGCAUGGUGCUGUUGGAUUUCGAUGCAGACACCUGCCAAACGCCGGCUCGCACCUAUUUGCUGGACAUGUGUGUGCCCGAGGAGCAGCCAAAGGCAUUGACUACGUUUACACUCUUCGCGGGCUUCGGUGGCACCAUUGGCUACGCCAUUGGCGGCAUCGAUUGGGAGACAACGCACAUUGGAAACGUGUUGGGUGGAAAUAUACCCACAGUGUUCACCCUGGUGACCAUUAUCUUUGUGCUUUGCUAUUUGGUAACGGUGACAACUUUCCGUGAAAUUCCGCUCGAGUUGAUCGAACGCGAUGAGCUGCUGCGUCCCCUCUCCUGUUCGGCCAUCAAGAAGGAGCUGAAGAAGAACAACAAUGCCAUAUACUAUAUACAAGAGAACUCCACGUUGGACGAGCAAAUGAAGGCGGCUGCUGUUGAGCCCAUCGCCAGCUAUCAGAACAGCCGUUUGCCAGCGAUCAGCGAUAAGGUGAAGAGGCCGCAGGACUUGGAGUUGCAAGUGGACGAUGCGGCACCGAUCUCAUUGCGCGGCUAUCUGAAGAGCAUCUUCAUAAUGCCCCACUCAAUGCGCAUGCUGGCGCUGACCAAUCUCUUCUGUUGGAUGGGUCAUGUCACCUAUUGCCUGUACUUCACCGACUUUGUGGGCGAGGCGGUCUUCCACGGUGAUCCCACAGCGCCGCCCAACUCGGCGCCGCUGUUGCUGUACGAGGAAGGCGUACGAUUCGGCUGCUGGGGCAUGUCCAUCUAUGCCUUCUCCUGCUCCAUUUACUCGAUGUCUGUGACAAAGCUAAUGAAGUGGUUUGGCACUAAGGCGGUUUAUAUCAGCGGCAUGGUCUACUAUGGCAUUGGCAUGCUGAUCCUCGGUCUCUGGCCAACAAAGUGGGGCGUUUUGGUUUUUAGCACCUCGGCGGGCAUACUCUAUGGAACGCUCUUUACCAUGCCCUUCAUACUGGUGGCCAACUAUCAUGCCAAAAAUUGUUUCCGCGUUCAUAACGGCGAGACUAUUCCGCUGAAGCAGGCCCGCGGCCUGGGCACCGAUGUGGCCAUCAUUAGCAGCAUGGUCUUCAUAGCCCAGCUAAUUGUUUCACUCUGCGUUGGCCCACUCGUCGCCUGGAUGGAGACGACGUGCGCCAUUUUGUAUGCGUCCACAUUUUUAUCCUUUACAGCGGCCAUUGCGGCCAUGUUUGUGCUUUAUGUCUAAGGCUCAGCUCGGCCGACUAUUAUUAGAUUAUUUAUGAACAGCAGCAUUGUCGAUAUGACGAAAAAUGUACUUAUGUAUGAACAUGCAUACAUACAUACAUACAGAUGCACACAUAUUGUUUGAUAUGCAAACAAAAUUUUGUUGCCUACUUUCAGGCAUUUGAUUAUAUGUUAUAUAGAUUAUAACAGUAUACUUUUGAGAGCGAUGACUUAAAAGAUAAACAUUGCUGUUAUUACUGUUAUAACAGUCUCUUUGCAGAAGUAUAAUAUUAUUAGGCUUGUUUUAAGUUUAUAAACGUAUUCUUAGCACCAAAGUAAAUUUAAUGAGUUUAAUAAUUAUUAUAAUAAGAAUAAACACAUAAAUAUAUGAGAAAUAUAUUUUUUAUAUGUACUCCAGUAACCCCUUUGUUAUAUUUGAUAUUAUACUCUGAGCUCGGACCUUAUAUACCCUCUUUACCCAGUAGUAGUAUAUACAUAUAAUAUAUGCAUAUAUCUAAGUUUAACUCGUUGUUAAUUACUUCUGUAACAAUAUCCUAUCAUUAGCAAAUUAGUUCGAUUUUUUGUGCCUUUUUUGUCUUUAGAUUGUUCUUGUUAGUUAGUUAGUUUUAGUUACUCUGAUUUAUCAAAUUGAUCAGCACAAUGAGCGAAGUUUGACGAUUCUCUUUGUAUUUCUAAGUCUUUGCUUUACUUUGCUAGAAUAGGGAAUUGACACAAUGGUAUCAAUACAUUCAAUACAUAUAAAAGAAUGUUCAAUCCAUCGCUCUACCCUUUCUCCAACUCUCAUCAUUUUAAUCAUUUGUCCAAUGAUAUGCUAAUAUUAACUUAUCUUAACAUAUCAGGCAAAUUAAUAUAAUUAUCUUAUAUAUUAUACGACAUGACAAACCUUCAAUUAAAAAAAGAUACUUGGUAUUCAAUUAUUUAUUUCUUAAGUAAAUAAUUACUUAAAGUUAAUGAGCUCAUGUGUAACAAGCGGCACCAAAGCCGCAAGGAGCAACGAAAGCGAUCACGAAAUUUCAUUUUAGUUUACGUUGUAGUUGGGUUGAGCUAUCUCGGCUAACUAAGCUAAUGACAGCUAAUCAAACUUUGAUUUUUUUUAUUUUUUUUUAUUUUUAUCAUUUUAUUAAACGAAUUUGUGGUGAAUCAAACUAGUUUUAUUACGUAAAGCUUCAUCAAAGACCAUUUUAAAGUUAGUUUUACAUUCGCUUUCUAUACGCACUAUUCGCCCACUUAGAACAUCGAACGAAUUUGUGAACUGAACUUGUCAUUAAUUUAAAGUGAAUUAAUUAAUGAAACUCGUUUUCUGUUGCUUACAUCACAAGCCAUAUGAAUUUCAUUAACAUAAUAUAUACAAACAAUGCAAAAUUCAUACAUACAUUCAUAGAGACUUAAAUUGAUCUAUGAAAGACAUACAAUAAAAUAGGAAAAAAAUAAAUAAAUAAAAUGAAAUUAAAAAAUUAAAUAAAUAAACCAGUUUGAUAUUAUGCUAAAACUAGCUUCAUUUGUUAGCUUUAUUUAGUGUAGCUUUAGACUAUUAUAUAAUAUUUGCACAUUUUGUGGUCAAUUAUCAUCUAAUAUUAAACUGGUAUGUAAGAUAUAUUAUAUUGAAAUGCUUUGAUUGCAUUAAAAUUAAUUAUUAUUGCGAAGACAUUGUUCAUAAAUCGCUUUGAAGGACAUUUCAAAUUCCAUUAAAAAAGCUGCACACUUCAAUCAAUUAACAGUUCGUUAAAUGCAAAUUAUAUUGAUUUUUAACUAAA